AUGUCCAUCGUUAUGGCCAAGACAAUAUCCCAUGGACAGACUGCUUAUUCACAAGCAGCAACUGUGGUUGAACAGACAAUUGGCUCAAUCAGAACUAUUGCAUCAUUUACAGGGGAGAUGGAAGCUAUUACUAAAUAUGACAAGUCCCUCAAUAAAGCUUACAAAUCAGGGGUGCGAGAGGGCUUGGCUGCUGGAUUGGGUUAUGGCGUAUUCAUCUGUGUUAUUUUCUGCAGUUAUGCUUUGGCUGUAUGUUCUUUGGGGCAGGCAUCUUCAUGCCUGAGGGCAUUUGCUGCUGGACGAGUUGCUGGUUUUAAAUUGAUUCAGAUAAUCAAUAGGAAGCCAGAAAUAGAUCCUUAUGACACCACUGGAAGAAAAUUGGACGAUUUUCAUGGUGACAUUGAACUAAAAGAUGAACCCGUGAAUAUCGCCUAUGGGAAGGAUGGUGCAACAGUUGAAGAAAUACGAGCUGCUGCAGACCUUGCCAAUGCCGCCAAGUUCAUAGAUAAACUGCCUCAGGGACUGGACACAAUGGUGGGCGAACAUGGGACUCAGCUUGAGUUACUACAAGAUCCUGAAGGGGCAUAUUCCCAGCUUAUAAGGUUGCAAGUACUCAACAAAGAAUCAGAACAACUUGCUAUAGAUGAUGAUGACAGAUCACAGGUCACUUUGGAUUCUACAAGACAUCCCAUCGCAGUCAAUUUCGUGAAAACAUCGCUUGCAGAAUCUACGUCUUUAGGCAUAGCACCAUCACAAAUGGCCCCAGAAAUCCCACUUUGCCGCUUGGCCUACUUUACCAAGCCAGAGAUCCCAAUUUUACUAUUAGGUUCUAUAGCUGCCAUGGUCAGUGGUGUAAUACUGCCAAUUUAUGCAGUCAUUUUUUCCAGCAUAAUCAAGACCUUCUAUGAACCAGCUCAUAAGCUUCGGAAGGAUUCAGAUUUCUGGGCAUCAAUGUGUGUAGUUCUUGGUGUGGUAUCCUCACUGGCGACCCCAUUAAGAACUUACUUUUUUGCUGUGGCUGGAUGUAAAUUGAUAAAGCGGAUGCGAUUAAUGUGUUUUGAGACACUAGUUCACAUGGAGAUAGGCUGGUUUGACAAAACUGAGAACUCAGUUGGUGCAAUCACUGCGAGGCUUUCUGCAGAUGCAACAUCUGUGCGGAGUUUGACUGGGGACACACUUGCUUUGCUCGUUCACAAUUCUACAACUGCUAUUGCUGGCUUAGUUAUUAGUUUCCAAGCAAGCUGGCAAUUGGCUCCUAUAAUUCUUGUCAUGCUACCUCUACUAGGAAUGAGUAGAUUUUUUCACACGAAGUUCUUAAGUGGGUUUAGUGAGGAAGCAGAGGUUAGCUCCAAACCUUUUCUCAUGAAAAAGAACCAAAAAAAAAAAAAAAAAAGGAAAAGUGAGAGAAAAUAG